AUGGAAGCUCGCGGAAAAGCACAAAGCCUCGUUAAAAUAAGCGUUCAGCUGGACACAGGAGCCGAAGUCACGUGUAUUGGAGAACGGAUUCUGGAGAAACUGGACCACAAAGUAAAAUGGCAGAGAAGAUUCGUGAAAGGCGUAAGCGGCAAAAGAAUCGGAAUCAUGAACGAAAGAAACGAGAACAAAGUUUGUGACAUAGAGUUGAUGGUGAAUGGAAAUCCAUGGAUGAUCAGCGACGCCAUAGUCUUGGAAAGCAUUGACGGACUACUGAUGGGCGUAACAGACAUGGAUGGGAACACAUCAAUCGACAUGGUCAAUAGAAGAAUCGUUUUCGAAAAGUUCAAGGUCGCCGCAAGCUAUGACCGACAAAACGUACUGAAAAUCAGUACAAAGCACGAACUGUCAGACGGAAACUUCGAACCAGAUGCCAGAAAGACCUACAAGGAAAAACUGGAGAAGAUGAGAAAAGAAGCUCGAGAAUCGUCGACGGUGGAUGACAUCGUACUUGGUGAAGUAGUCAAAGAAAACCCGAAGCUGGAGGAGCGACUCAUGACCAAGAUAAGAGACAAGAAGUACAAGAAGGUGUUCUCAAAAGUCACAGGAUGCCUUCCAAAAGAAUUCGAGAUAUCAGCGCCGAUGAUGAGAGUGGAACUAUCGAAUCAAGUCACCAGGCAAAAGAACGAGCAAAUGUCCGAUGAAAAGAAGGAGAUUGUAGCGAAACAUCUGGACGAACUUGCUAGAGACUACAUCGUGGUAUUUCCACAAGAUCAUGGAAUCUCGGUCAAAAACAUCAUACCAAUCAUGGUUGUCGAAAAGAGAGACGACCAAGGUGAAGCCAUCCCACUGGCUCAAUCGGCGAGGAUCGUGGCUCAGGCACACAGAAGCGUGAACCUGUGGACAAAAGCCCCUCCAAGAGUAACGGAUGAACUGAAGGACGUUCUAGCAAAAGCAGCGAAGGCGUCGAAGAACAAGUUCAUGAUGAAGACGGACAUCUCUCAAGCGUUCUUCCAACUACCGACGGAGAAGGCGCUAUGGCCGUAUUUUGGAGUGUAUCACCCCUAUAAAGGGGUGAUGUGCUAUACUCGAGCGAGCCAGGGAUGGAUCGCCAGCAUGGGAAUGGUGAGAGAAGCGUUCCUGAGAAUCUUCGAGCCGCUGAAGAAGUACAUGGUGCGGUAUGCCGACGAUGUGUUCAUCAGCGCAAACAACGAGGACGAGUUUGUUCUCGUUGUCACAAGAUUUUUGGACAUCUGCGCGCACUUCAAUUUGAGCCUGAAAGGGUCCAAAAUGGCGAUUGGUGUAUCGGAGAUGAACUUCCUUGGCGCAAAAGUCAAAGGAGGAAAGAUCGUUGCUUCACCUCAUCAAGCUCAGAAGAUAAGAGAUUACGACAUCUCGACGAUAAAAACGGUGUCGGAUCUCAGAAGCUUUCUAGGAAUACUGGUACCGCUGAGUAAGUUCAAAUGCAGAGCCACCGACUUUCUCGUCCCACUAAGAAAAUGCCUGGACAAUGAUGGAAAGGCGAAGAUCGUUUGGACGGAAGAAGCGAAAGAAGCGAUAAAAAUGGCGAAGAAAGCGAUGGACGAACUCACGGAGCUAACACCAUUUGACGAAGAUAAACAGCAAUACAUCGUAGUCGACAGCUCAGCAAAAGGAACAGGAGCAAUCCUGUUUCAAAAGGAGCUAGUGGACGGCAAAGAGAUCAACAGAGUAGUGGAAUUUUACUCGAGAAAACGACCAGACAGCGAAAGAAAGUACACUGCAUCAAGUUGCAUGCUAGAAACAGCAGGGUUGGUUGGAGCACUGUGCUACUGGCGACGAUAUCUAAUCGAGAGCAAAUUCCCGACGAUUGUAUUCACUGACUCGAUGCCACUAACGAUGAUAGCAAAGAGAUGGACGGAGAACUUGACGCCGAGCGACAUUGUAUCAAUAAACAAUUUGUUCAAGGCUAUCCUAGGCUUAAGAAUCGUAGUUAGACAUCUGCCGGGAAAAAGCAUAGAGAUCAGUGGCGUGGAUUUCAUCAGUCGCAGCUCGGGUCACAUGGAAGAAUGUGAUGCGAAACGCUGCAAGAUUUGUGAGAUCAGUCAAACCCCGAGAAGUGAUCAAUCUCCAUUCAUCUCGGAAGAAAAGUUGGAGGAAAUCAACAAGGAAGUCAGAAAGUUGAAAGACUGGCAUUCAUCGAAAAGAAUCAUGAUCGUCGACGACCAAUUCACCGAGGAAAUGAGCAACGAAAUAUGGUCGGCGAAUUGUGAUGAAGUAGUUGAAGUUGAUUACAACAAAGAAGCAUUCCAGACAGUGGCGAUGGCACUCAGGGAAAGAAAAGCUAGAGACUUACUGGAUUUCUUGAAGGACGAGAAGACGCUGAGGAAGAUGCAGCUCUCGGACAAGCUACUGAAAGAAGUAAUCAAGUACGUGGAAAAAGAUCUGAACCCACCGCCACGAAAACAACGACUAAACACGCUAUGCAAGAAGGCAUUCUUGGAGAAGGGCUACCUAAAAAUCAAGAGAUAG